AUGAAACUGAGAGACAAAAAGCUGAGAAUUUUUCGCCUCUCACGUAACGCGGAAGAUUGGGACGUCUAUAGGCAACUUAGGAAUUCUAUAAAAACAUCUUUAAGAGCAGCAGAGUCCAACUUUGUCCGGAAUCAAAUUGAGGAAUAUAAAGGUAAUUCAAGAUCUAUGUGGAAAGUGAUUAGGGGGUGUCUGCCAAGCAAAGAUUCAGAAAAACCCGUUUACCAGAAAGACCACAAAAAAUUAGCCAAUGAAUUUAAUGAAUAUUUUGCUUCUGUGGGGAAGAUUGCAGCCGACAAGGUCAAGAGACUUGCGGAAGUUAACAACAUUCAGAUGACAACUGCUUUACCACCUGCAAGGCACCGAUCUUCUCUUGAUCUGUUUGAAUUUAGAACAGUCACACCUGAUGAAGUUAGAACAAUUAUUUUAAAUAGUCCAUCAAACAAAGCUCCAGGUGCCGAUAAGAUAAAUAUUCAAUUCAUUAAAGAUUCACUUGAAGUGAUUUUAGAUCCUGUUACGGAUAUUAUCAACUGUUCCUUGAUGACGUCAACAUAUCCUUCAAUGUGGAAGAUAGCAGAAGUGGUACUGCUACACAAGGAAGGGGAUCCUGAAAUUGCUUCAAAUAAUCGACCGAUUUCACUGCUGUCAUGUUUGUCAAAAAUAUGCGACAAAGUCGCACUGAAUCAGUAUACAGAACAUCUAACAAACCACAGAUUAUUAACGGAGCAUCAAAGUGGUAAUCAAAAGAAACAUUCUACCGAAACACUUAACAUUGCAGUGACAGACAUGUUGUUGGAAGCUAUGGAUAAUAAACAGUUAUCUAUAGUUAUAUUGUUGGAUAUGUCGAAAGCCUUCGAUAGUGUUGAUCACAACGUGCUUCUUCAAAGAAUUCUAAACCUAGGUGUAUCCUCUGCAGUGCAUAAGUGGUUUGAAAGUUACUUGUCUGACAGAUGGCAGUAUGUUAGAAUUGGAACUACCUCUUCGGCGCCUGUUGCAUUGUCGUACGGAAUUCCUCAAGGCUCUGUUCUAUCGCCGUUUUUAUUUAAUAUAUACACAGAUAGUUUGUCUUCAGUUCCCAAGAGUUGUAGUCUUGAAUCGUAUGUUGACGAUUCGAAAACAUUUUUAUCGUUUUCAUUGUCGCAUAUGGAACACUCGUUACUGCAUAUAGAAGAGGAUCUACACAGAAUUUUUGAAUGGUGUUGCAACAACAGUCUUCUUGUAAACCCAGAAAAGACCAAAAUGUUGGUGGUUGGUACACGAUAA